GUCCCGCCGUCUUCUUGUGUUUGUUCGUGGUCUUCCCGCAGCUCCAUCUGGAUUUCAUCCCUAAGAGUUGAGCAGCGCAGACGUGUAUGCGCUCAUAUGUCGUUAUCUCGCCCACGAUGAUUUCCCAGGCGUGUUUUCCCGCGACAGUGACGGUGGCAUUGACGCUUGUCGAUGUUCUAUCGACGGACCAUCGAGGAGUAUCCAGGCGAUCGACAGUUCCCUCAACGGGCUGCCACGCUCAGCCUUUUCCCCGGGCGUGCAGAGCUGGGCCAUCCGCGUGGAUGAGAUCAGCCACACGCACACGGACGCAAUGGACACGCUGGAGCGGAUAAACGUGUCGACAAGGAGUGUGAUGUUGACAGCUAAUGAAGGCGAUCGGGCGGUGGCUCAUGCUCUGCUUCUUGUCCUCGAGUGGCCGCUUCCCUGUUCGGACGUCAUUCGUCCCCUUGGUUCGAAUAAAUACCCGUCACACAGUGUUCAGGUUCUGCCCUUGUCGUCCACCCCCAUCCUCUAUCCUCCCUGUGCCACCUUCCCCGCUCCCUCGCCAUGCUGAAUACGGGCAGCACCACCCUCGCCCGCAUCCUCCCAGUCUCGACUCCUUUGUUUGGCGCGUUUUCCCCGUCGUCGGACUCCGGAGAUAUGUCCUCGGACGAUGGAGACAGUUUGCACACUCCCCUCACAGAGC